AUGAAUGAUACGAGGGAAAAUGAAAUUUAUGAUCAAGCUUUGAACUAAGUUGAGUCAGGUAUUCUCAAAUAUCUCUGUGUUGAAUUAAAGUUGGAAUUAUUCACUGAUCCACAGAUGAAAUAAUUUAUAUAUGAAGACUUGAAGAAAAAACAGAUAUUUUCUUUACGCUCUUUAGACUCUGAUAAUGAAGCACAAGACAUUGUUUCUUGUUCCACAAGCAAUAGAUGCUCAUUCUCAUUAAUAAGAUCUCCACUAAUUCUCAAAAGAUUAAGUGUUCCCAUAACUGAAUAAAUUUGA